UUUACAAUAAUUGGUGAAGAUGUUUGAAUGGGCUUAUAGUGGUGCUAAUAAAGAUGUACCCAGAAAUGUCGGUCCCGAGUGUGCAUAUUAUUUAUCACCUCAAAGACAAAUAAUCGAAACAAUUAUCGUAACGACGGCCUGCAUAUAUAUAAUUAUAAAAACAUACCCAAAAUUGGAAAUUCCUAAAGAUAAUACGUACAUAAAAUGUGAUAGAGGUGGCAAGAGGCUACUAGUUAUUCUUCUUGCCCUUUUAUGGGGAAUGGAAAUUGGUUUCAAAUUUGCAUCACGUACUGUCAUAUAUUUGUUGAAUCCCUGCCAUGUUACAACAUUAAUUCAAAUAUAUUUGUUGGCCGCGCCGCCCACUAAAACCGUCACUGCAUUAUUUCGUAUUCAUUUAAAUUUGUUAAACGGACCGCUAUUAGCGUUUUUAUUUCCAGAAACUGCUUCAAGGAAGAUUUUAGCAGAAGCAGCGUUAUAUUGGAUACAACAUGGAAUGAUGUUUGUGAUACCCUACUAUCUUCUAAGAAUUGGUGGAGUAUAUAACGUAGAACCUUUUUGGGAUUUUAAUUGGGCUAUUUUUAGCUACUGCUUAAAUUUAUUAUACCACUUUAUUGUUCUGCAAGUAAUAGCUAUUCCCGCCCAAGUAAACUUAAAUCAUAUGCUAUGCCCUGCAAUAUUGGAUCCUUUUGACGGUCCCUGGUACCGUAUAGCAGCUGUGAUACACCAAGCCAUUCUUUGUCCACUACUGUGCAAAUUAUUUUGUCUAGUCGCAGAUUUUUGUUUAACUAAAUUUCCACCGACAAAAAUAAAACCACACAUGAGGGAUCAUUUACAAGAUAAGAAAUUAGUGGAAUGCGUUGAUUAG